CCGCGGGUGAUGGGCGCCAUCUUGAGCAUCGCCUCCUGCUUCAUCAUCUCCACCAACCUGCUGGUGGCGGCCGCUCUCCUCAAGCUGCUCCUAAAAAAGAGAAGCCAGAGCUGGUGCUUCGUCCUCAACUUGGCGCUGGCCGACGCCCUGGUGGGCGUGGCCAUCACGGGCCUGGCCACGGAGGACUUCAACAGCAGCAACGUCGCUCAGAACCAGCGGAGCCUCGCCGGACCGCCCACCAACGCCACGCCGCCCGCUCAGGGCAAGACUCAGUGUUUGAUGCGGAUGGCCUUCGUGACGUCGCCCUGCACGGCGUCCAUCAUGUCCAUGUUCCUGAUCUCGCUCGACCGCUACGCGGCCAUCAAGACGCCGCUGCGGUACUCCCAGCUGUCGGGGAAGGGGACAGCGGUCGGGUCCCUGCUGGCUCUGUGGAUCAGCUCCCUCACCAUGGGGUUCUUGCCAGUCAUGGUUCGGCAGCUGCAGGCGGACGGGUACACCGGCUUCUGUGCCUUCUUCUCCGUCAUCCACCAGGUGGGCAUGAUCGUGCUGUUCAGCGCCUGCUUCUUCCCCGUGCUCUCCGUGUUCCUCUACAUCUACCUGGACAUCCUGAAGAUCGCCUGCGGCCACCAGAAGCAGAUCUGCCAAGUCAGGGAAGCCGGUUCCAGGACGGCUAACCAUCAACACUACGAGCAUCACCACCACCACCACCACCAGCAGCUGAGGAGCCAUUACUGGAGCCACGUCAAGGCCCUGAGGACGGUGGGGGUGCUGGUGGGCUGCUUCUUGGUCCUGUGGUGCCCCUUCUUUGUGGUGUGCAUCGUGCACCUUCUGUGCGAAAGCUGCGAACUCACCAACGUGUUGGAGAAUCAUCUGUGGCUGUUGGGGCUGUCCAACUCCCUCAUCAACCCCCUGGUGUACGCCUUCUGGCAAAAGGAGGUGCGGUUGCAGUUGGCGGCCAUGUUUUCCUGCUUCACAGGCAGGCCGGCCGCUGGACUGCCAGGUGUCGCAGGGAGGUUUGACCCGCGGCCACCUGAGGUGACUCAAGCCGGGGCUUCUGGUGGGGAAACCCCCAACCCGUCGUUGUUGAGGUCGAUCAUCGGCGACAACAAGGCCCACACCGCGCCCCUCUCUGCUACCAGCAGCUUGUGA